AUGCACGGAAGUCUGUUUUCUUCAAAUGGACAACUUCAGUUAGAUGAACAGGAUGAUGAGAACACAUGGUCGCCCAUUCAGCUCGCCGCUUCACAGGGAGAUCUAGGCCAGAUAAAGUUGCUCUUGGCCCAAAAAUCAGUGGACCCAAACGAGCCCGCCAAAGGCUACUAUGGACAGACGGCUCUCCAGGUUGCCUCCCAAAAAGGACAUUUCGCCGUGGUCGAGGCACUAUUGGCGGCAGGGGCCGACGUUGACGCUCCUGGAGGAAACAACGGUGGUAGAACAGCGGUAGUUCAUGCCUGCGGAGCGGGCCACCUGAAUAUCGUUCAACGCUUAAUCUCUGCGGGUGCAGAGAUCAACCGCCCACCCAAUAGAUACUCAGGCCGAACAGCAUUGCAGGCUGCAGCUGAGGGUGGUCAUAUCAACAUAUUACGAUGGCUGCUCAAGCAAGGCGCAGACGUGAAUGCGCCCCCUGGUAAGACUGGUGGUCGCACCGCGUUACAAGCUGCCGCUGAAGGGGGCCACACUGAUAUCGUGGGAAUUCUCUUGCAAUCCAAAGCCCAGAUAAACACUCCUGCUGUGAGGCAUAAAGGCUUCACGGCCCUUCAAGGUGCGGCUUUAAAAGGCCACCAGGCAAUUGCCCGUCAAUUGAUAGACGCGGGAGCUGAUGUGAAUGCGCCGGGUUCUUAUUACGAGGGAUACACGGCACUGUCGGCAGCGGCAGGGCACGGCCAUUAUGAGAUUGUCCGAAUGCUACUCGACGCUGGAGCAGAUGUCUCUCUUACAUCGGGACAUAAAGCAUGGACGGCAGCACAGAUUGCGGUUUUCCGAGGGCACAAAGACGUUGCGCAACUUCUCCAACAGACUCAACGGAUGGCCCUCCACAUCCCGGAAAGAUUGUCACCGGAGAAGGGGAAGUCAGAAGCAAGGAAAGUGGUAUGGCUUGAAUAUCGAGAAAGAGAAAAGAGAGAAAUUUAUUUACAAAUGACACAAAAGACGCUCGCCUGA